UGUUCCGCUUCUUCUUUCCUUCACCGAUCAACUUGAGGCGGAGACGGCGCUGGCGACACUCGACCACCAUCGGCGAGGCAAUGACGGAGGAUCCUCGGCGCCGGCUGCCCGGCGAGGAAGCACCACGCUAUGGGCCUUUUGAUGGACUUUUUACUGUCCAAAUACACCACAAGGGUUUCUUUUGUGGUAGUGGAAGCAAUAUGACAUAUCUUGACUUUGAAGUGGAUUGGUUUGACAAUUGUGAUAGUGACACUUGGUCUAUUCUGUGGAUUGAUGACUUCCUGACGCAGUUGAGCUAUGACAGAGGUGUUUCCAAGCAUGACAUAUAUUGGUGUCAACCUGGCAAGUCAGUAGCAGACGGUCUGAAGCAGAUUACAUGUGAUGCUGACAUACUGUUAAUGAUUGGUGCAACAAUUGAGCACAAAAAUUUGCUCCUCAUUAUUGACCAUGGUGGUACACUACAAACACUUACUGGAGAUGAUGUCAUGGAUUAUGGAGUUCCUGAAUUGCCCAAGGUUAUCACUCCAAUCAAAGACAGCAAGGGGAAACAAAAUGUUAGCUUUACAGAAGAGGUAAUUUUCACAGAAUUUGCUAACAGUGCAAAACAGAAUAGAGAAAAGCGAACUAGGAGGUUUGUUUCAUUUGGUGAAGGUUGUAGUUCCUCGGGUGCUGGUGUUGGUGAUGAAGAAAUUGAGGAAGGAUCUCUGAGCAAUGAUACAGACCAACAAGACGAAGGCAUCGAAGAAGAAACCGAUGAGGAAUUUCAUGACAGUGACUUCGAACCAGAUGUGGGGGAUGAUGAUUUGUUUGACGAGAAUGUGGACAAGGAUGUGGAUGAUCACAGAGAGAGGGAGUUCAUACCUGAGAUAGAAGCAGAACUUCCAGAAGAUGCACUUGAUGACUCUCACUUGGAUCUAUCCAAAGAAGAGAAUGAGAAGUUGAAGUACAAUUUCAAAACAUUUAACUCAGCUACUGAUUUGAAUGCACCCACCUUCAGGCUUGGAAUGGUUUUUGCUGACAUGAAGGAACUGAGACUCGCAAUAAGUGCCUACAGUGUUAGAAACAGAGUGAAGCUAAAGAAGACAAGGAAUACCACAACUAUAUUAGUUGUAGUGUGCAAACCAGGAUGCUCUUGGCAAUUUAAGGCAGGCAAGGACAACAGGACAAAUAGCAUCAUCAUAAAGAAGUUUAAUGGAGUACACACAUGCACCAAGGCUUGGGAUCUGAAGGUGUUGACUGCACCUUUUCUGACUAGAAAAUUCAAAGACGAGUUCAGAGACAAUGAGAAAAUGUCUCUGAAGAAAUUUCAAGAUAAAGUGCAGGUUGAGUACAACAUGAUUCCAAAGAGAAGCAAGCUAGGAAGGGCAAGAAGGGCAGCGGUUAGUGAGAUUAGGGGUGAAGAUGAUGACCAAUACAAGUGGUUGUGGGAUUAUGGGCAAGAGCUUAGAAGAAGCAACCCUGGCAGUACAUUUUUCCUUUGCACAAAGGAAUUGACCGAUGAGAAAACUAAAGUGACAAGAGACCAUUUCUCCACUCUUUAUUGGUCACUGGAUGCUUGUAAGAGAGGGUGGCUUGCUGGUUGUAGACCCAUCAUUUUUUUGGAUGGUUGUCAUAUAAAGACCAGGUACAAGGGGACCAUGUUGACAGCUGUAGGCAUUGACCCAAACGAUUGUAUAUUCCCCAUAGCCUUCGGUUUGUGUGAAGUAGAGUGUACUAGCAGUUGGGAAUGGUUCUUGGCAUCUUUGAAGGGUGAUCUUAAUAUAUGCAACUCAUCAUCCUACACAAUCAUGAGUGACAAGCAAAAGGGUCUAAUAAAUGCUGUGCAGAAGGUAUUCCCACAUGCAGAACACAGAUUUUGUGUUAGGCAUCUAUACCAAAAUUUCCACAAAGUGCAUAAGGGUGAGCAGUUGAAGAAUGAUCUUUGGUCGAUAGCAAGAUCCACCAAUGACAUUGCAUAUCAGAAGAAUAUGGACCAGAUAAAGUCACAUAGUGAGGCUGCAUACAAAUGGGUUGAGAAACAGGCACCGAGAACAUGGAUAAAGGCCUUUUUUAACCCAUUCCCCAAGUGUGAUAUAUUGCUUAACAACAUGUCAGAGGUAUUCAACAGUUACAUACUUGAGGCAAGAGAACUACCAGUUGUGUCAGCAUUGGACAACAUGCACAUCAAGUUAACCAACAGAAUUGUUAGCAAGCAAAGAGAGUCAGACAAGUGGACAGGGAGACUUUGUCCAAAGAUCCAGAAGAAGUUGGACAAGUUUGUCGAGUGGGCAGCUAAUUGUAUGGUCCAAGAAGCUGGUAAAGGGGUUUUCCAAGUAAAAUCCUUUAACAACACAUACUUGGUGGAUCUCAACAUGAACAGUUGUGACUGUAAAAGAUGGGAGUUGUCUGGAAUACCAUGUCAUCAUGUUGUUGCAUGUGCUAGGCAUGAAAGAAUUGAGCCUGAAAGCUUGGUGCAUCCAUGCUAUACUGUUGAGAGCUACAAGAAGGCCUAUGCGUACAACAUAAUGCCACUGAGGGACAAAGGUCACUGGGAAAAAAUGCAUGGAAUUGACGUGUACCCACCACUGUACACUAAAGUGAUGGGAAGGCCCAAAAAAACAAGAAAGAAAGAUCCAGAAGAGAAGAAAGACAAGAAUGGGGGGAUAAAGCUUACCAAGGCAGGGUCUACCAUGCACUGCUCUAUAUGUAAAGCACCUAAUCAUAACAAGAAAGGUCACCACAAGCAUGUUAAUGACAUUCAAAAUGAGCAGGCAGCAAAACAAGUAGAGGAAGAUUUUGAUGACCCUGGCAUUGUUGCUAACAUAAUGCCACAUACUGUGAGGCCAUUUCUUGAUCCAACACAAACUCCUGACUCUAUGGUUUUCAUGAUGCAGGAGCAGGAGAGGUUUGUAUAUCCACGUGUUAGAGACUUUGGUCCUCUACCAGAGUCAAAUUUCAUAGCAAAUGCUAGAGAAGAAAUUCCUCCUCCCAGAAUGACCACAGCAAUGACAAGGGGCAGGAUCAGAAGAGGUGGAACUGCUGCAUCUAGAGCAAGAGGUGGAAAUGCUGCAUCUGGGCACAAUGCAAGAGGAGGAGGAGCAUCAAAUGUUGCAAGAGGUGGAGGGCACAAUGCAAGAGGAGGAGCAUCAAAUGUUGCUGGAGGCGGAGGGCACAAUACAAGCGCAGGUGGAGGCCACAAUGCAAGAGGAGGAGGAGGGCACAAUGCUAGAGGAGGGAAUAUUGCAAGAGGAGGUGGAGGCCACAAUGCUAGAGGAGGAGGGAAUGUUGCAAGAGGAGGAGGAGGCCACAAUGCUACAGGAGCAAAUGUGGCUAGAGGAGCAAGAGCUGCAGCUCCUGGCUUCUACAACCUCCGUUUUGGAGAUGAUGGAUCUAGUAGAACUUGGACUGAAGCAGCAAAUUUCAUGCAGGCCGAGGAAGAAGUUCUGAUCACUCAAAAUGCACCUGAUGAUGAAUGGCCUCAUGAUUUCCUAUCCCAGUGAUGCACAAAUUCAAAACAUGAAAUUCAUGAAUGAAAUUGGCCUGAACUUGGUCUGAACCCAUUAGUUAUCUUUUGCAUGUACUGAACUUGGCCCGAAGCCUUUCGUUUACAAGUAUAUGUACUGAACUUAAUUUGAAGUGAUAUGUACUGUGAUCGUGUUAAGAUGGUGCUGCAGUGGUAAUUUUGCUGUGAUAAGCCCUUACCGUUUGCCUUUUUAUGCAUUUUACCAGCAGUAUAUUCAUCUUGCUGUGCCUGCAAAUAGUAUAUGCAUCUUGCUGUGUUGU